AUGUCAGGAAAGUCCUUGAAUGUUGACGCUCAGCGCGUCGUAGCUAUAAUGGAGGAGUUGACAGAGAAGCUCACGUACCUAUCAGUCGCCACCCGCCAGGAGGUCAUGGUAAAGAGGAUGAAGAUGACCGUCGAAGAAGAACGCGCCCGUCAGGAGCUGUUGGACCGAUACGUAUUGCAAGAGAAGGCCGCGUCGUCCCGACGAGCGGAACUUGAAAAACAGCUAACACUACUUCGAACGGAAAGGGGUAAAGCCUCUAGCCGGUCGUCAGAAAUGGUAGUCAAGUUGAAAGCGGACUUACAGGAUGUCCGUGACUUCACCGAGCAGCGCCUUACACAGCUGCACGAGUCGUAUGGAAAAAGAGCAGCAGAGCACGCGCACAGCUUUGAAGUGCGAGCCUCCGAUCUUUCAGCACGGAUCAGUCAACAGCAAAAGCAUAACUCCUUGGUCUUUUAUAGAGACAAAGAGGAAGCCGAUACCUUGAAAAGCAAGAAGAAAAUAGCAGAGAAAGAUCUCGAGCGCAUCAUCAAGACCUACGACCGUGAAAUGUUUGAAAAAGAUGCCGAGGUUAGGGACGUUACAAAAACAAAUGCGGCGAAGGAAGAGACCGUGUCACAUAUGCAACAGCAGUUGCAAGGAAUCGACCAGGAAACGGAGAGAAUCCGGCAAGAGCAAAAGAUAGAACACGCCCGUCAGACUGUGAUGGAAAGAAAAAUGGAAAGGCUCGCGGCUGCAGCCACUCUUCUCCAGUCAUAUUGGAGGGGGAUAAGACAGAGAGAAGAGUACGUUGCCAUGAAGAAGAACUCUCGCGGAAAGAAAGGGAGAAGAGGGAAGAAGAAGUAA